AGGACUAAAAUAGUCCAAUCCCCAUCCAUUAAGGACCAUUUUGAUCAUUUUCUCUUCCAACUUCCCCGUAGGGUUUACUGCCAUCAUUCUUUUAAGUCCCAUUGCAUCCCUUUUGAUAUUACCUACAGACCCUUUUGCUUCUCUCGGGUAGGUGUUGUGGAAAUGACAACAGUUCCAGGGCAACUAGUUUGGGAGAUUGUCAAGAAAAACAACUCUUUUUUGGUUAAGGAGUUUGGUAGUGGUACCGCUGGUGUUGUCUUUACCAAAGAGCCUAAUAAUCUUUACAAUCUUCACUCUUAUAAGCAUUCUGGCCUAGCUAACAAGAAGACUGUGACUAUCCAGCCUGGGGGCAAAGAUCAAUCAGUGUUGCUUGCUACUUCAAAGACCAAGAAACAGAACAAGCCUUCAAGUUUGCUGAAUAAAUCUGUAAUGAAGAAGGAGUUCCGACGCAUGGCCAAGGCUGUAUCAAACCAGGUAGCAGAUAACUAUUACAGGCCAGAUUUGAAAAGGGCAUCGCUUGCAAGGUUGAGUGCUGUGAACAAGAGUCUCAGGGUUGCGAAAUCUGGUGUCAAGAAGAGGAACAGGCAGGCCUAGAGUCCCAUUUUAGGAAUGUUAUGUUGUAUGAGCUGCAAUUGAUUUUUUUCCAAUGUCCUAGAGUACCUGAGUUUUGCUAUUUGAGUUCAUAUUUGGAGUUUCUUGAAGUAGCUAUUUCAAUGGAUAUCUUCUAGAUUUUUGGGCUAAAUUAUACGUUCAAUUUGAGAAUUUAUAAAGAUAGUUGUUUGAAACC